AUUAUAUAACUAAUCCAAAAGAGGAAUCAUUUUUUCCACUAUUGACAUGGAAUAAUAAUACACAACCAAAUAUCUGAAAGAUACUAUAAUAGUAAGAUCAAAGACCUUAGCAAAAACAAGAAAAAGACUGUUCCACAAAAAUGGCGUUAGCAUUAGGUGGGAGAGCUCGUCGCUUAGUCUCUGCAACAUUAGUUCACCAAAAUGGUUGUUUACACAAACUGCAGCAAACAGGAUCGGAUCGGUUGCUUGGUGAAGCAAAAGCAAUAAGAUUACUACCCAGGAGGACGAACAUGGUUCAAGAAUUGGGAAUGAGAGAAGAAUUUAUGCAGCUAAACAGAGAAUUAGAGACAAGUUAUGAUUUUCUUGGUGAGAUGAGACAAAGAUUUCUGAGAUUCAAGAGACAAAAGUAUCUACCAGAGAUAGAGAAGUUUCAAGCUUUGGCCGUAGCUCAAUCACCAAAGGUUAUGGUGAUAGGAUGUGCAGAUUCAAGGGUGUGCCCAUCUUAUGUACUAGGAUUUCAACCUGGUGAAGCUUUUACAAUACGAAAUGUAGCUAACCUCGUUACCCCGGUUCAGAACGGACCAACAGAAACCAACUCAGCUCUUGAGUUUGCAGUUACUACUCUUCUGGUUGAAAACAUUAUUGUAAUGGGUCAUAGCAAUUGUGGAGGAAUCGCAGCGCUUAUGAAUCAUCAAAAUCACCAAGAGCAACACUCUAGUUUGGUAGAGAGAUGGGUUAUGAAUGGGAAAGCCGCUAAGUUAAGAACACAAUUAGCUUCAUCACACUUAAGCUUUGAUGAACAAUGCAGAAACUGUGAGAAGGAAUCUAUAAAGGAUUCUGUGAUGAAUUUGAUAACUUACCCAUGGAUAAGAGAUAGAGUAAAGAGAGGUGAAGUCAAGAUUCAUGGAUGUUAUUACAAUUUGUCAGAUUGUAGUCUUGAGAAGUGGAGACUAAGUUUAGACAAGAAUGAAAAUGGAUUCCAUAUUACAGAUAGAGAGAUUUGGAGUUGAGUAAAUAUAGAACAACAAUCCCAAGUCCUAAUGUUCAGAUGUAUCUUUGUACAUAUGAAAUGAUAUUUACACAAAUGGGGAAAAAAGAAAAAUAAAAUAUUGUAAUAAGGGAAUAUAAUAAAGGUUAAUUGGUCUAUUAAGCAUUUUAGUGCAUUUAUU